AUGAAUGGAUUCCUUGUUUUCGGUUUGAGAAUCCGAGUAUCAGAGGAGGGUGCAGGAGACAUUGUCUCAAUCAUGAUUGGCAAUCUGAAAGGCACCAAAAUAUUGCAGUCUAUUCAAAGAGGCAUACAGGUAACCAUGGUCAUCGAAGUAGGGAAAAAACACGGCCCCUGGAUGAAUCAUUAUUCGAUCUUCUUUGUCUCUGUGUCCUUCUUCAUCGUGACGGCUGCAACCGUGGGCUACUUUAUCUUCUAUUCGGCUCGAAGACUCAGGAAUGCCAGGGCUCAAAACCGGAAACAGAGACAACUGAAAGCUGAUGCCAAAAGAGCUAUUGGGAAGCUUCAGCUGCGGGCUCUGAAACAUGGAGACAAGGAAACUGGACCUGAUGGAGACAGCUGUGCCGUGUGCAUUGAAAUAUUUAGACCAAAUGACAUCGUGCGCAUAUUAACAUGCAACCAUCUUUUCCACAAGACCUGUAUUGACCCUUGGCUCUUGGAACACCGGACUUGCCCUAUGUGCAAAUGCGAUAUCCUCAAAGCUUUGGGGGUCGAGGCUGAUGUUGAAGCGGGAACCGUGUCGUUCCAAACCGCUGGAUCGAACCCUAACAUCAACGGAUCACCAGAAUCUUAUUCCCCUCGUGAGGAGGAUAGCCACAGCGAGACAGCCUCUUCUGGGUAUGCUUCGGUCCAAGGUGCAGACGAGCCACCCCUGGAGGAGCGUGCUCAGUCCCAGAGCAAAUGUUUCAUGGUACCCUCACGAUGUGAGGAGAAAUCGAGGAAGGCCUCCGGCACGGGUGGACUCUCCUGUGGAGAUCUUUUGGGAGAACCUGGACGGAGUCUCUCAGGAUGGGCAGAUGAUCAUCUGCGUCUAGUCAACCACGACGCAAGUUCUGUGGCAGUGGAUGUCCUUCCCCAGCUUGACAACCCCGCAUUUGAAGCAGACGAGCCUUCCGUUCUUGAGGCUCCCAUCCAUCCAAUUAAGUCCUGAAAUGUGUACCAGUGGAAAAUUCGAACCUUUGGUUAAAGAUAGAAUUGCCAACCAGAGUACAUUUUGCUAUUAAAUGACCUGGUUUAACAUAGCAGCAGGGAUACUGGAAAUGUUAAGAUUAUUUAAUAGAUCACGCUUAAAUGGCUCAUCAUAUUUAACCUAUUAAACUAUCUCAUUUUCCACCAGCUCAUGUUAACACUAUUCAUAGGUAAGAUUCCUCUCAACAGUUUGUGAUGGAGACUUUCAGUGUUCAGGAGAGCUUUUCAAAGAAUUGUUUUUGCAUUAGCAACAACUUCUUAGGAAAAUGUUGGCGUUUAAAUAUGGAGCAGCCAAAAUUACAUAGCUUACGGUAGCCCCUUGCUUUAAUUAAAAAAAAAUCUGUCGGAGACUAUAAAGACAUCAGUUUUUCUCCAAAUGGUCCUAUUGAUCUGAUCUUAAAAUCAAUGCAAGCAUUAGAUAAAUAACUGUUUAAUGAAACGCCUGCUUUAACCACAUUAAAUUCAUAGCCACAUAAAUUGAUUAACUUUCAAAUUCAAGUUCAAUCCCCAUUUAGUAAUUUCUGGUUCUCAAAAGCAGGUUAAACAGAAAUUCACGAGUGAAAUAUCUGUUAUCAGACACAGAUAAAUUCACUGAGAGAAUCUGGCAUAUUAUUUUCUAGUCAAAAUUUUACUAAAAGAAAAGACCCCUUAGGGAAAAAAUCAGAUCCAGUUCCACGAGCAUUCAAUUCACAUGCUGUGUACCCAUCCUAAACUUGACUUAUGAGAUUUUUUAAAAGCACACUAUAUAAAUUGGCACAAAAUUUUAAAUAUCAGUGUAGAAGAGUAUGAUGAUCCAGCUGAUAUAUUAAUUUUAGUCUACAAGAAUGAAUCUACAAAAUGGCUUGUGUAGAGAGUGGUUCUCAGAAGUGGUGACAUUCAAUUUGACUUCACUGUGUUGAAAUUGUGAGAUUGAAACCGAAAUUCUUAAAUGUAGCUACACGCUCGUUAGAUAGAUUUUUUUGGAGUUUGAGGGAGAAAGGAGAGGACGCCAGGUGCCUUAAUAUAAAGUUUGCUUCAUCCACCAAAGCUAACUAGUGAGACUUUAAAAUGCACUUUAUUUUUAUUCUCUGUGGCUUAACUUUUACUUUAGAAUGUUUCGCUUGUUUUUUUUAACCCCAGUACUGACGCUUGCAGAAUUUCACCAACUAACGUAUUUUGUUCGACGUAUUUGAUAUGAAUGAAAUCAUCACAUUCUAACUUGAUAUUGUGAUUGAAGUACUGUAAAUACGUUCAUGAUUUGUAUUGACUUUCUUGGAAACCAAUGUAAAUAAGAUAAUAAAAGUCAUAGCAUAUUAA